AUAAUCUUUUCAGAUAUUAAUUUAUGUGACGUUCUCUCUCUAUCUUCUCUUUUUCAGUGUCCCUGACUACCUCCCUCUCCCUCUUCCUCCUUUCUGCACCUCCAUUCAAGCUGACCCUUGAUUUCAGCUCUCGGCUUCAGUGACUUGUGGAGCAUCUGCCUUAAGACAAGUCCCAGAAAAGUGGCCCCUGAUCCAAAAUCUCCUGAUCAAUUCAAUGAUGGUCCAUCAAGCUCAGGGAAAAUGCCUAAAAAAAAGACUGGUGCGAGGAAGAAGGCUGAGAACCGCCGAGAACGUGAAAAACAACUAAGAGCAUCAAGAAGCACUAUAGAUUUAGCUAAACAUCCAUGUAAUGCUUCGAUGGAAUGUGACAAGUGUCAGAGACGGCAGAAGAAUAGAGCAUUUUGCUACUUUUGUAAUUCUGUACAGAAGUUACCAAUUUGUGCACAGUGUGGGAAAACAAAGUGCAUGAUGAAGUCUUCAGACUGUGUUAUAAAGCAUGCUGGUGUAUAUAGUACUGGCCUUGCAAUGGUGGGUGCAAUAUGUGACUUCUGUGAAGCUUGGGUUUGCCAUGGUAGAAAAUGUCUCAGUACACAUGCCUGUGCCUGCCCUCUUACUGAUGCUGAGUGUGUUGAAUGUGAGCGAGGCGUGUGGGACCAUGGAGGCAGAAUAUUCAGUUGUUCUUUUUGCCAUAACUUUCUCUGUGAAGAUGAUCAAUUUGAGCAUCAAGCCAGCUGCCAGGUUUUAGAAGCAGAAACAUUUAAAUGUGUUUCAUGCAAUCGGCUUGGUCAGCACUCAUGUCUCCGUUGUAAGGCUUGUUUCUGUGAUGAUCAUACAAGGAGCAAAGUGUUUAAGCAAGAAAAAGGAAAACAGCCUCCUUGCCCUAAAUGUGGGCAUGAAACUCAGGAGACUAAGGACCUUAGCAUGUCAACACGCUCCCUGAAAUUUGGCAGGCAGACUGGAGGUGAAGAGGGAGAUGGAGCUUCUGGGUAUGAUGCUUAUUGGAAGAACCUUUCAUCUGAUAAGUAUGGUGAUACCAGCUACCACGAUGAGGAGGAUGAGGAGUAUGAAGCAGAGGAUGAUGAAGAGGAAGAAGAUGAAGGCAGAAAGGAUUCAGACACUGAGUCAUCAGAUUUGUUUACUAAUUUGAAUUUAGGAAGGACCUAUGCUAGUGGCUAUGCUCACUACGAGGAACAAGAGAACUAGGGGAGCUGCUUGUCCACUGGUGGCUGUGUGUGAGAGGAGCAGGAGUGUGUGUGCACUUGAUGAAUUGUGUGUGAUGUUCAAAAGUACCUUAGCCACUUAGCCUUGUGCAGAAGUCUAGUUAUACUUAAUGGGCAAAGGGGUAGGGCGUAGCAUUUUUAUGAAACUGAUGAUCAGGCUUAUGGCAUAAGAAAAAUGAGUUUCAAAUGUAAGGUGUUUAUUGAUUGAAGCAAUUGAAGUAUCAUGGAUUACGUUAUUACUGAUUUCAGUAAUCUAGUAUGUUUUGCCAGGAUAAAGGAAUAGGAUGGUAAUAUAUUUGUUUGAAAUUAAAUUACUGUUUUUAUUAAGAAAUACUGCUUCAUUCGUCUGAUUUUGUAAAAUGUAAUGAGUAAAAUGAAUUGCUGUAUUUUUCCUUUUAUGUCCACAGAAUGAAAGUCAUAUGUUGUUUAUUCUAAAUUUUCAUUAAAUAUUCAUGUCACCUUGAGUUGUCAUGAUAUGUAUGUUUUA